GUGAUCUUAAGUCACCGCGAUGGUUAAUCAGUUUGGCCGGCUUGGUGUUUCUGGCAUGUAGACCAGUUUUGUAAGAUUUCAUUCCUGUCAUGUUGUCCUAGUUUUUACUCUUCAUGAAGACUCUUAAAUUUACACUUUAGGUCUAAAUGAUGCUUUUUGAACUUUAUUUGUCGCAGCAUUAUACUUAUUCUUGGUUUCUAUCAUUGUUUUAUUAGUGAUGGAAAUAAGUCCAGAAUCAAACUUUGACUUGAAAACAGAUGCAACAGAUCCUGGUAGUGCUUCAUUUUCCGAUUCUGGUGUGAGUAGCACAUUCUCUUUCAAAACUAAUGCGAGUGCUUCAGUUUCUAUCAUUCCUUCUCCUCCAUUAUCUGGGUUUCCUGGUUGCAUGGAAUUAAAUGGCUCUCCCUCAGUUGAACAAUCAUAUUUAAACCUUCAUAAUAAAACAUACCCAGGAUUUUCUAACUGUGGCAAUCUACCUAUGUCAGCUAAUCAUCCAUACCCAUUACCUUCCAGACAUUCUUUUCCUCAGGGCUUUUUGCCUAGUCCACCGUCCGCCUAUGCUACGCAUUACGCAUCUCCACAUGUUUCAAAUUCAUUCUAUCAACGUCAAGUUCCAUCUACACUUUGUUCAGGUCCGAGCAACAACUUUAGUUUGCCACCUCAACUAUUUUCUCAGGAAAUGUUACAAAAUUCUAUCCCUGUCAACAGAGAUCAGCACAAUGGUUCUGUUUGUUCCCUAGAGAAUAACUUUUCUCAGCAUCGUGAUCAAAGCCACUUUUCAUAUUCAGAUCCUUUCCAUACGUCUGAUCUACGUCCUCUUCAUAUUACUACGUCGCCCCGUCAGUUGGGCCCUCAUAACAGCCAUAACAAUAUGGGUGAUGUUGCCUGUGCCGAUUCUUUGGGUAAACUUUCACCCCAAGACUCGCCCAGUGGUAUACCUGGAAACUGUGAUCAUCCUAUUACGCCUUGUGGAACGGUAACUUCUGGCCCUGGAUCGCUUGUCAGUUGCAGACCAUCAAGAACUGUAGAGAGAGGUUCCGAAGUAUCUGCAGCCGAUAGUAAUUCUACCGUUGGAUCCAUAAAAGCAACUUUUACUCCGUGCAAGGUCUGUGGUGACAAGGCUAGUGGCUAUCAUUAUGGGGUGAUUUCCUGUGAGGGUUGUAAAGGUUUCUUUCGUCGAAGCAUUCAAAAGCAAAUCGAGUAUAAGUGUUUAAGGGAUGGAAAAUGUCUUGUGAUACGGCUAAAUCGUAACCGAUGUCAGUAUUGUCGCUUUCGUAAAUGUCUUGCUGCUGGUAUGUCCAAAGACAGUGUAAGAUAUGGUCGAAUGCCAAGACGAACACGUGGUUCUGAUUGUGGUCGAGACAAUUCAGAAGUUGGUAUUCCAAUGCAGCAUAGUAGUUCUGUUACAAAUCCUAUGAGAAUUGAUUCAACUGGUGGAAAUGCUGCUGGUGGACAUGUUUCGGCCUUUAUUCCUCCGCCUACUGGCAACACAGAAAUACCAAAUAAUCCAUCAUCGACAAAUACCGGUCGUUACGGAAUAUGUAGUCGACCAUCAAAUGAUCAUCUUGGUUUAUAUGAAACUAUACUCACCAUAAGUCAAGCUUACCAAAAUUUCUCUCCGUAUACAGAUGAAAAGAUUAAACUUAUGAGAUACAGGCCGAUUACCUUGUCGAAUGUAACACGUGAAUUUUGGCCUGAGAAAGUUGAUGAACAUCGACUACGUAUGCAUGAAGAGCUUAGUCAGUUAUUGGCACCAUGUAUUCAACAAGUUGUAGAGCUAGCUAAACGUAUCCCUGAGUUUAGUUCACUCGGUCAACCGGAUCAAUUGGUGUUAAUUAAAGCUGCAUUUUUUGAAGUAUGGCUUGUUCAAGCUUCACGUUUAAUAUCAACACAUGAUCGUAAAAUUACACUUGCCGAUGGAAAACAAGUUACAAAACAAGAAUUGGAUUUUGUGUACUCCCCAAGUGUUGUGUGUUCAAUAUUUUCAUUUUCGGAGAAUUUCAACGCAUUAAUGCUGAAUGACACAGAAGUUGCUCUCUGCUGUGCUGCUGUAAUCACCAAGCCAAAUCGUUAUGGUUUGAUAGAACCGAACAAAGUAGCUGUAAUGCAAGAACAUCAUUUAGCCGCUCUUCGUAUGCAACUGGAACGUAAUAGACCUAGAGAACCAGCGCUACUUGGGCAAGUACGCAAUGCAAUUGGUCAAAUUACUACAGUUGGAGAUGAAGUACAAUUGUGUAUGCGUUGGUAUAGAGAAAAUUGGUAUCGUACACGCCUAGCGCCACUAUAUGCUGAGACUUAUGAUAUUCCACAUGAAGAUACUUCUACUCCAACCAUGUCCACUCAAGCUGCAGCUGCUGCUCUUGCUACUGCUGCUCAGCAUGUAGGAAAUUCGUAUCCUGUUUGUCCAGAGCUUGUUUCUGCUUGCCCACAACCUGUACCAUACGGUGAAGUCACAAAUUCUACUGUGAACUAUGGCUCUUCAACAGUAUCCAUCCCUCAGGCUGUUCAUCAUCAUUAUCCAAAUCAACCCCUUAAUAGACCUGAGGUGCCUGUCAUGGUCCCGUCUUGUUCCAUUAAUGAAAAUAUUGCUUACAAUAACAAUGGCAACAGAAUUCAAGCUGUCAAUGCUGAGCAGUGUACCUCAGAUAGUCAGAUGCAUGCUGUCACUCAUAAGCAAAGCUCUCAACAUCAAAUUCACCAACAACAGCAACAACCACAUCCAGCACAAUUAAUUCCAGAUUCAUCUCAUAUGAGGGGGUCAUAUUCCUCAACAAGUUUAUCAUCUAACUCUGAUACUCCUUUAGUCAAUCAGUCACGUGGGUUUGCUGGACAAUUUAAUUACCAUGACGGUUCUAUGAGUUAUACUCCAUCAAACUCGAAUACUUAUUCAGGUUCCAGAGAUUGUUCUCCUUCCUCCACCCAAACAAUUUCAACAAAUUACCUAGUACCGUCACCUCAACAACAGCAGCAACGAAUUCAAGCAUCUAUUCCCAUUUUACAGCCCUCUCCUCAGUUUUCAUGUUCUUCUGCACUUGCCUCACCUCAGCGUCAAGUUGUCAGCUCAUCAAUAUCAUCGACUGGAAUGAUUUCGAUACAAAACCAGGCCGACCAUAUGAAUAUGAGUGAAGCAGUGAUUUCUGUUAAAAGUCGAAAUUCACGUUCAAAUACACCGAUUUCAUAUAGCAAUGGUAAUAAUAUCAAUCUUCCUUCAAGUACAAGCGAUAGUUUACAGUCUAUAUGGACAAAUAUGAAUCCCAAUGGUGGUAAUGGUAGCUUAAAUGAUAACAUUAUAAAUCCGAAAACGGAUGCACCAGAAACCCAUCAUCGUCUACAGCAACAACAACAACAACAACUACUACAGAAUACAACUUCACCAAUUUCACAAUCAGAUCUUAUGAGUUCUACACCUGAUACUAGUCAAAAUAUGAAUUCAUUAGCUUCACCGAUAACUGAGAUAACCAAGUGUGAACAGCAGGAUGUAUAAAUAUCUGGAGGAAUGUCUUAAUAAUCUUUCAACCGGUAGGAAAUCCAGCUUUGAAAGCGAUCACAUGAUAUAUAACCUCUCAAAAUCAUCGGUCUACACAAAAAAGAACAAAAUUAUUCUUUUUGAUUAAUUUCUAAUUGACAUACUUGCAUACCUUUCAAUUCUUUCAGUUCUCAGGGAAUUCUUCCAAGCUUUUCGUCCUCAAAAAUAAUGUAUUAGAAAACCGGAUUCGAUUACAAGAUACCUACGUUCUCUCUCACUCACUCACCUUUACGCAUACAUAUGGAUGCAUACAAGGUAUACAUAUUUACACUUCAUUUACAGUUCAUAUACGCACACUUACAUGUCAAAAUGACGACAUUUUUUACAGUCGACCAUCUCAGGGAAUAGAGAUUAAUUUUUGUUUUCAUUUUAUUCAAUGCCUUCAUUCCGAUAAUUAUUCAUUACUUGAUGAAAUAUCAUCGUCAGUCCCUACAUCUCCUUCUCCUCUUAUCGUCAUGUUUUGUUAUAAUUCAUAAAAUUCUCGAGGUGGUUUUAAAAUGCUGGUGAGAAGCAAAAUUGAUGAAAACGAUGAUAAUUACUCACUCCAAUGUCAAUCAGUAUAUCGUAUAUUUGGACUUCGAAGUCUGUUCAAUUCUAUCGUGUACUAUUUAUUUCAUCUCACUACAUGUUAGCAUGAUCAUUCUAUAAAUAUCUCAGGGUUUAUGAACUUUCUUCAAAGGAUCUAUUAUCUAGCUAACUUGUCAUUAUUGUUGUUUUUGUUAUCUUAUUCAUUACUAGUAUUACCAUAGUCAUUACUGUUACUUAUUCUCCAUUUGGAUUUUGUUCUGUUUUGUCACUAGUAAAUUAUUCUUUCUGAAGAAUAUUACUAUCAGGAUUAAAGUAGUGUAAUUUCAUUUUUAAAAUUUUAUUUUGUACCAGUCCAAAAGCAUGCCAUUACUUAUCUCAGGGUCAAUCAAAAUGAAACUCAGGUAUUGUUUUGUCUUCUUGAAACGUAUUACUCACUAAGUUGUUGAAAUUUGUAAGCUUCACUUUUUCGGUUUUGCCUUCGUAUUGUUUAAAUUUUUCUUAAAAUCCAUUACUACUAUUAAAUAGCUAACUAUUAGAGAAAAAUGGCGGUUGUAGUUUGCUUUAACCACGGUUUUUUUUGCUAUUGUUUGCACGUGGUAUCUCUUCCUUUCCCCACUUUUUUUCUGUCUCCUCUGAAUAAGUUUCACCUUUAGUUCUCAAGUAACAUGCGAAAGCAACAUUAUAACUUAAGCAGACAUUCAUCUUCCUCAGUUAUUUAUCUAAUCUUUUAAUCAGACCUGAAUUUACGUAGUGAGCAGUUUCUAAGACAAGUACUCAGAUCCGAAUUUUCUUUAGUCAAACAAGAAUAAUAAUCGCUCCAUCCUCUCGUUGAUUUUUGUCUUUGUAAGGGUGUAAUUUAGAAUUCACACCUAUUUUCCUCUUUGUUCUCUUCCCAUGUGCUUUCAAUCACUUACUUGGUAAUUCUUCAUCAACUGUCAGAUGAUAUCAGUUUAUCUGUCGAUAUUCAUCUGUGUUCAACAAUUACUUAUCCUACUUAUGCUGUUAGAUACCAACAUUUCAAGUAUUUUCAUGGAAUACUUGUCCCUGUGGGUGAAGCUUCCCAAAUUGAUUAAUUGUACUUUUUCAGGGAUCACUUAACCUUUUGGCUAAUUUGGCAGAGAAAGGGAUCCACAUGUGAGAUAUAUGCUCACUCAUCACCAUCAAUAAACAUACAAAUACUGUCCAUUAGUCUUUUAUAUAUUUCCUAAUUCAUUAUAUUUUUGUGAUUACACCAUUGGUUGUUGCAGUCACUAACCUCCUAUUUCAUAUAAGCCAGUGAGCAUAAGUGAUGUGUGUUAACCGCAAAUAUAUUUCGUCGCACUACAAUCUACUAAUCGCUUCAUUCCAUAUAAUCUAUAAAGCGCUAUUCUCGUCAAUUGUGUACUGAAUUAAAAGUUAACUAGUUCUACUGGUCACAUUGUGAAUAGACACUGAAAAAAUGAAGUUGAUUAGCCUAAUUAAUUUGUGCUCUACAUGAAACCACUGUCAUUUUGUAUCCACUCUGUAUUGAACUCAUAAUGGAAUAACUAUACAUGUUGAUUUUCACUAUAUUCCUUCUCUUUUGGUUAACCUGCUUAACAUUCAACAUCCUGCUAAACAACCCUUUCAUUAUUACUGUUGUUAUUACUAUUAUUAUUGUUAUUACUAUUAAUACUUCUGUCAUUAUUAUUGUAAUCCGGAUACAUGAGGUAAAUUGUUGUCUGUGUGUAUGUUGAUCUGUGUAAAUGAAGUGGUUUAAUUUCAAAUGCUUCUUUACUGUCUCUCUUGCUCCUGCCUUUAUUCAUUAUGGUUAUUCUCCCUACACCCCAGUUUUUAUGUAACCUGUACUUUCCCCUGAGUACUCCAGCCCUAAACACUAUAAAACAUAUGAUUUUAUAUUUGAUUGAUAUACACCUACAAAAAAUGUUUUAUCAGGAGAUAAACUGUUUGCAUAUGUAUACUCAGUGAUAAGCUAAGAAUAAAUCAACAAUCCAUCGUUGAAAUUCUAACUCUCUACAAUGGACUAUCUUUAUUUUCUUCUGCUUUCAUCUAACUGAUUAUUUCCUAUUAUGUAAUUUCUACUUUCUUAUCCACUUUGAACAUCACACCUACAUCACAUUUUCAGUCAUGAUCGUAUGAGUAAAACAACCGUCUAUUCAAAGUAUCAAACAUCAUAUCCACUUAACUCAGGGAUUCAUUUCUUUUUGAUGUUUUACGCUGAUAUAUAUAUAUAUAUAUAUAUAUAUAUAUUUCACAGGAGAAAAUGGAGGAGAGAAAAAUCAUGAAUAUGAUUACUUCAUUGUUAGCCCUCUACUCUUCUCCCACAAAAGGGACUUUCUAACGAUCAUAUACAUUUUCUUGCUUCUUUUUUCAUUUUUGAGGAUUUUCAACAAAAUAUCCUUUCAUAAUCAUGUUGAAUGCAGUUUUUUUUCAAUUCUGAUCCAUUUUGUUUCCUUGUGUAUCGCCUUUGUUUUCUUGGUUUCUUCAGUUCAUUAUUAUUCAUUGAUAAAAGUGAUAUGAAAAAAUAUAUAUAUAUACAUACAUAUAUAAGUACCUAUAUAUAAUGCUAUAGCAUGUUUCUUGUUUGUCCGG